AUGGAAGCAAUCAGCAAGAUUCUCCAAGUCACAGCCGUAGAAGGCGUCCAACCAGUUUUCACCUUUCAAAAGAUUGAUGGCCAGACACACAUGAUGAUCAAGUGGCCAAAAGCUCCCCCUCCACCGCCAAUUAUCAACCCUCUUUUCAUCCAUGCUCUGAGAGCCCAAGCUCAAGCAAAUCAACACCAACUCGUUUCGCAACUUUCUUCCCAGCGAAAUCUUCUCUCCCAAAAUCUCGGUACUCAAAUGGCUCUUUUAAAAGCUCAGGGUGCACAAAUUCCGCCGCAAAGAAAACCACCAAGUGAAAUCGAAAAGGAAAAGGAACGAUUUGGAUUUUUCAGCCAGCACUUGGAAGAGAUCUACAAGAAGUAUGAUAUCAACAAGGAGUGCAUCCAGGGCGGGUCAGAAGAGGAACUCCUUCAUCCUCCGCUAAAACAUCUUGGCUAUCGGACAGAGAGCCAAAUUCAUCUGAUGCGCAGAAUGAGAUACAUUUCCAACAAAUUGUCACUCACUACCGAUACGUACCCCGAUUACGAAUCAGCAGUAAGUCUCAUCCUCGACAGCUUCGCAAUCACGAAAGACAAAGUCGACGAAGAAAGCUAUCGCCGAAAAAUGAACUUUUUACUUCGAAAACGGAUAAACAAUCGGCGCUGGUUUCUGAAGAAAAAACUCAACGACGAGAAUUCUAAUGAAGAAGACAGAGCAUCGAAGCGGAUGAAAACGGAAGUAGACAUUAAUAGUCAUUCCAGCGAGUCCAAAGCCACGAACGACUCUUUUGACUCUCCUGAAUAA